CACGUGGCCGGAAAAUAUCGCCAUGACUUAUUUGUCCGGCUUCGCACUUUUCUUUCGGUAAAAACGGCUGAUCGAUCUCUGUUUGUGUCUAUGACACAAAGUGUAUACAUAAACUGUAUCUGUCUAUGACACAAACAGAGAUCAUCCACCAAGAAGCGCGAAUUAAGUAGCAGCAGCUACGUUAGCUUAAUUAAACAUGAGCACGUUAGUGGCCAAAUCACAGCACCGAUGGGUCGGGUUAGCUCUGAGGCGGCGCUGGGCGCCAGCUGCGCCUCCUCCGGCGAUCUCCACACUCCCUUCAGAACCGGUCGUUCCCUCUAAGCAGCCUUUCAAAGCUGAGCUGCAGGGUGGGAAACGUUACUCGUGGUGCACAUGUGGACACAGUAAGAAACAGCCCUUCUGUGAUGGUGCGCACAAAUUCAAGGCCCGAGGCCUGUCGCCGCUACGGUUCCUCCCAGAGAAAGACGCCACCGUUUGGUUGUGUGGUUGCAAGUACACAAACAACCCACCGUACUGUGACGGCACGCACAAACAGGACUUUGUCGUGUCUGCUGCCUUGUAUGAACCAACUGACUCUUAAACAGAUAUAAGAGUCAUAGAAAUGUGAACAAUCCCACAGUAUUUUGUGUUUGUGAAGGCUGGUUACUGUUACGUCGUAUUCGGUAGUUGGAAAUACUUGUUAGAUAAAUGAAGGUGUCAGAAGAAAUAUUUCUAAAGGAUGGAAUGUAACAGUUCUGAAAAAUGAACUUUAAAGUAAAAACAAUGUGUGAAGGUUAAAACACUGAAGCAUGAAUCGUGUAUUUGUGCUGUGGUUAGGUUAAACAAUGUUAAGUAUAUGAUUCUGAGUUGUAAACAACUUGUCAACAGAGUACAAUAAAAACUGUAAUGACUGAA